UGAAAGGGACGAAUAAAAGGAGAAUGAAAAAAGGAGAGAAGGUUUACGGUGGGAAAGGAAGCAUUGGAGGGUGACGGCAAUUUCCCUAAAAUAUAUUUUUCUUUUUCUUUUCUUUCUUGGGUAUAAUAAUAUGUACAUUGUCAGCCAUUCACAAACACACAAAUAAAUUUUUUUAAUUUUAGAAGCCAACAAAUUUUUUAAAAAAUUUUCAAAUUUUUUAAAUGCCAAGUUCCUGUUCUCCCCCACAACCCCCAAUCCCCGGCAGUCUCUUCUUUUUAGAAAAUCCCAACAACAAUAACAACAAUAAUUUAACAAUUCCAUCAAGUUCAGAGACAUUAGAUCCUUUACAAAAUUUACAACAAAUGCCCGGUCGUUUGGACGAAAGAUCCAAUACCCACCCCCUUCAAUAUAAUUAUGGUAAUUAUGCAGCAUCAUUAAAUACAGCAUUAAGUCAUUAUUACUCUUAUACAGCAGCAGCUAUUAGCAGUAAUGGACAUAAUCAUCAUUUAGUUUCUACAAGCGGAUUUGACCCCAACAACAAAAAAGCUGGUGGAAGGCAAACAUAUAAUCCAGAACAAAAGAGAACUUUGGAAGAAGAAUUUCGAGCCAAUAAAUAUGUUUCUAAACUUCAAAGAACCCAACUUGUUGAAAAAACUGGGCUUAGCGACAAACAAAUUAAAAUUUGGUUUCAAAAUAGAAGAAUGAAGGUAAUUAAAUUUAGUAAAAAAUAAAUUUAUGGAAUGGCGAUUUUCAAACAAAAAAAUAAAAUAGAUAAGAAAAUAAUAAGACAAUGG